UCGUAAUAUUAUACAAUGUGUGAAUUGGACGUAAAGGGUGUGUUGUUGCCAUUGUCAAGUUUCGUGCUUUUAUUUCAUGUUAUAACAUUUUUCAUUGUCAGACUUGAUAUCACACUGCAGUCGUGCACAAAAUCGAUAAGAACAUAUUUGGUUGGGGAACUGAAAUAUCUGUAAAACCGCCACUUACUCGGUGAAAUCCAAUAAUCGUGAAGACAAUUGCAGUGCAGUGAAAUAGCCUUCACCAUGGCCCUGGAAGUUUGUCAGGAUUCAACCAACGAAUACUAGUUUGUCAUGAACACUUUAAUCAUUUAAUCAAGAAAGAACAUUAAAUGGACUCGAGGAAUGCCUAUAUGAUAUGAUCGCCUGUUUGAAAUUACUGCAUCAAAAAGUAGCCGGGACCUAGACUGCUAUGGAUCAAACGCCCGUUGAGUGUUCGGAAACAUUUCCGGAUUGUCGCAAAACGGAAGUUGAUGUGAAGGAGGAGACGGACGCGCUCCGGGAUUGGAUAAUCCAGCAACCGGAAAUACCAAACUUUAUUGAAUCUCGCGUUUUGGCGGCUUUCCUGAACGUGUGCAAAUUCAACCAAACCAAUACCCGAGAACGCCUUCGGCGGUACUGGGUAACACGGCGGGACGGUAUUUUACAACACCUGAAUGACCUUGACCCCGCGUCUCCAGUCGUCCUUGAAAUCCUCAGGGGUCCACAUGCAGUGUACGUGCCGCUGCCAGGCCGCGACAAGGAGGGGCGGCGGGUGAUUUUGGCUCGCUGGAAUGAGCUUGACGUCAGCGGAGUGUCUUACACGUUUGAAGAAUGGUUCCGCGCAAUCAGCGUCGUGUUUGACGUCGUCAGCUUCAUGGAUGAAACCUCAUACCGCAAUGGCAUCACGAUCCUCAUGGACGCCAAGGGCGUGCGGCUCGCGCACCUGCUCUUUUUCGGUUACACCAACAGUUGCAAGCAGGUCGCAAUGAUGCAGAAAGGCUACCCGAUCCGGAUCAGGCAGGUGCAUUACAUUAACAACAGCCGGGUGAUCGACAUCUUCCUCCGCAUCGUCAAGAAGGUCCUGUCCCAGAAGCUCGCAAACAGGAUCGCAUUGCACGGGACUAAGUACGAGAAACUGUUCCAGCACGUGGAUGUCACGUGUCUCCCUGACAACUACAUCCCGGCGUCCGCGGAUAGCGAUGGGACGGGAGUGGGGUCUAUCCAUGAUAUCAAGGAGCGUUUUGUCCACGAUGAGCUGCUGGCCCCACGGACGCUGACCUUCCUACGUGAGCUAUACAGCGCGAGGGCCGGACAGGAUGAACCCUGUCCUCGGAACUCGGGACUAAAACUGGAGGAAAAGCCAGCUCCGCGGGAUGGAGUGUUAUUGCCGGGGGAAGAGACCCCGGCGAAACCGGUGUAUGAUGAGUGUGACUUUGACUAGGAGGCAGAUGACGGACAGGGCGGGAAAUAGAGACAACUACGACAAUCGUGUUCACGCCGACUGUGAUUUAUGUGUUCAUGUGAACUGUGUUGUAAUUUGG